AUGAAGACAGCUUUUAUGUUGGCGAUAUUUUCCACGACCUUGCUUGCGCUGGUCCACGGCCACGGCUAUAUCAUAGACUCACCUGGUCGUGCCUCACGUUGGCGCAAGGGUUUCCCUGGACCACCCAACUAUGAUGACAACGGUCUGAAUUGUGGUGGUUGGAGUAAACAGUGGCAAGUACAUGGUGGAAAGUGCGGUGUCUGUGGGGAUGAAUAUGGCAUAGGUUGGUAAACGCGUAUGUAUACUGUGAUUUAAUUUCCCCUUGCAUUAUACAAGGUUCGUUUGUUGGUGCGCGGUUGUUUGCAGGUUGCGUAAAAAAUUGACAAACAAUCUAAUACUCCUAUUUGUUCAGUCAAAUACUCCUAUUUGUACAAUCUAAUACGCCUAAUUGUACAGUCUAAUACUCCUUUUUGUACAGUCUAAUACCCCUAUUUGUGUUGUCUAAUACUCCUAUUUGUACAGCUGAUCGUGCAGGCGAAAGACAAAUCGAUUGGAUUUUGUUUAAAUUUGGAUAAAAAAUGUACAUAUGCUGUACAAUAAUUUUUCUUGUUUCCGGGCCGAUAAUUAAUAACUCGUGUAAAAAAGCCAUGUGUACUUUUUGCAUAAUACCUGACUUGUCUAGAAGGAGCAAGUGUCCUCGUGCCAACGACGUAAAGUCUGCGGGUGUAGGGGAGCCGGGAGUGUGCUAACCCACAAUAUUUGUUCAUGAUCAAUUUCAAGUAAAUUUUGUGGUAACUUGAGCUAAUUUUCAGGUAAAUUAAAACAGCAUUUACGGGCAAACAUGUAACUUAACAAAGAAUUAACGCUAGCUUAAAUUUUAGUUGCACUUUCGGACCUUUUCAUAAAGGGGCUAAAUAUUCGAAAUUUUCUCGGGGUGAGCAUUCUGGUAGUUUUGGCGCAUCAUUUUUUUGGUGUUCAUGGCCAUGAAAUUCAACAACUUCCUGGUAGGAUUCACUUCAUUGCCCCGCUAAGAUGAAAGGAUCUUCCAGGGUGACAACUCAAAUUAAUUUCAUCAGCUUCGCGAAUGACUUGCAUGUUCAUGAAAUAACCACAAUCAAUUUCAAACAUAUAGGUUUUGGGUAACACGAAACGUAAUUUUAAAAAUCGGGUAAUUUGACUAUAUUCACAUACACCCCUACCCCCGUUUAGCUUAAUCGAGGACCCUAUAAAAAUUAGGAUAAAUGCAGCAUAUUUCUUUAUUUACAAGAAAUGUUUGAAUAUUUUGUAUAAAGUUAAAGCCCACAAAGAGAACCACUAUAUUAUCACAACACACUAAAUUGGUUCAUAUAUAUAUGUACGAAAGGACUUAGAAUGAGAUCAAUAAUACUAAAAAUACUUAUUUCCCAUGAAAGAUAAUACUAUUACCAGUUAAAUUUGAAAUUUUGUGAUCGUGCUCCUGAAUUUCAUGAAAGAUAUCCUCACAUAUACCCUUCCAAAUCCCAUGCAUACAAAUUGAAAAUCCUAAUUAUUUUCAAGGACUAUUGAUUAAACUAUCACACUUCUAUCUGUCACAACAGCGAGUGUUUAAUUUGUAAUAUGCAAUUGUCUGCAUAUGAGUUGUUUCACUACAUUACAGCGCUCAUAUCGGUGUUGUAUUGGUUCAGCAAAAAUGGGGUCGUGCAAUCAAUCUGUAUAUAAGUAUUACUAAAUAGAGUUAUUUUUCUUUUUCUAUUUCCUGCAGCCAAUCCUAAGUUCGUCUAUCCAGGAGUGUGGGCCAACAACCCGCCCGUUGUGGAGACCUAUCAAGCCGGGCAGAUUAUCACCGUUAAAGUGAAAAUUACUGCAGCACACAAAGGGUACUGUGAAAAGUAGCGCUGAACUUGAUCUUUAUGAAAAAAUUAUUUUAGCGCCACACAACGAAUUCCGUUGGAUUGAUCAUCAUAAAUAAUUUCGCAACAAUCUUUAAAGUUAAAGACGCAAAUGCCAUGACAAAAGCAUAAUAAAUUAUACAUAGAGAAUGAUUAUGACCAGAAUUCGAAUUACAAGUUUACAAUUUUACCCAAAGUAUAGCCUACUAUAGCACUUUUAUUAUGACGACAUUGCAUGAUUAAUGCAAAUAUUUAUGUUUGUGAGUUCUUGUAAAUAAAUGUAGGUCUGGAGGUUUUCCCAAGGAACGUGCUUUUGAAUGUCAAUUACUAUACGCUUUACGCUGGAUCCCCAAAUGGCCACAACAAGCAAAUUUUAAGCCACAUUUGCUCUCAUAUUUCUCUCCCCACACGCUCAUUUUCAUAGAACUGCGCAAAUAUACUCAGAACAGGCAUUUUCUAUACAGAUCAGGGGCCGGUUGUAUAAAAAAGUGAUUAAAGUUAACUAUGAUUAAGUGCAAACGUCAUCCAAUAAGAAGCGCCUAUUUGAGAGUUAAUCACUAUUUAACUACAAAAUAGUGAUUAAAAAAGUGAUUAAUGGUUUUAUACAACCGGCCCCAGCACAUUACAAAAUCUGAUUAUAAUGUGAAAUGAAUUAUUGUUUCUACAGAUACUUCACGUUCCGCGUGGCUCGGUUAACUAGUGCACCCAUUACCCAGCUACAACUCGAUCAACAUGUGUUAAUGCUGCCUACUGGCGAAGAUCGCUGGGUCCUGGGUAACCGCCCCGCUGCGGAAUACACCAUGAGACUGAGGCUACCAAAGGGAUUGAGAUGUGCUCACUGCGUAAUGCAAUGGUGGUACACCACAGCAAAUAAUUGGAUGGGCGAAAGACCCGAGAGUUUUGUCAACUGUGCUGAUAUUAAAAUCGUGUGA